UCCUUCAUCGAAUCAUUUCUUCUCCCAACGACGUCGUUGCCGUUGCAACUUUCCAUCACCAUCAUCUUUUCCUUCUCAUUUCGUUGAAAUCCUCGGCGGUGAUUUCAUGAUUUAUCCAAUAACGCAUUCAUAGCAAAACAUUCACAGAAUAAAUACGCAAACCACGUCGUUCCGUCCAUCGCCAAUUUCUUCAUACGCAAUCGCUUUCGAAACUCUCAUCGGCGAUUCGUUAAAACUCUCUAAAGAAACUUAAACGACGUCGUCGCCAUUGCUAUUCUUUUUCAUGAUCAUCAUUUUUUUCUCGCUUUUGAAAUUCUCAUCGGUGAUUCUGAUUUUUCACGCGCGGUAGUUUUUCCGCCGUAAAAAAAAAAAGGUUCAAACGACGUCGUUGUGGUGGCAAUGCCGUUCGCGCGCUGCAACAGCCAGAUUCCGGCGCCGCUGCCGUCACCGAUCCCCACCGGCAGAGGCUCGCGCUCCGCCGCCAACGAGAUCUUCAGCCAAUUCCUCGAAAAGACGCUCCAGCUGCCAGAGCUGACCCUGCCAGGACAUCAACUAUCCCCGGCGCCGGCAGAGAUCGAUCUCCGGUCGCUGCCGCUUGCCUCCGGCGAUAUGAUGCUGCGGUCCACCAGGGAGUUUGGCGCGUUCCGGAUCCGAUGCCACGGGAUCUCCGGCAAUCACUUGGGAACUAUGGCGGACGAAGCCGAACGCGUUUUCCGAGAAUCGAAAAACAUCGUCGUUGAGCAUGAUGGACAUGGUGGAGAGAUGAUUCCCUGUGUUCGCUCAUGCAAAGGAGAGCUGGAAUUCACCGGUCAAAACAUAAUCGGCGACCAAACACAUCGGAACUUUUGGAUUCAUAUGGGAAACGUUGCAAGUAGAUUGGAUAGUAUAGUUGAGCAAGUGGCUAUGGUUCUACAACAGGACACAACUAAUGAGUUUAAGGAGCGGAUUCAAGAUACAGAGUCUAUGAUUUGCAUGUGCAGGUAUCCGCACGAUAAUGUCCCCAAACAAAAUGAAGGCGUUUCAGUGAAAAGUAAAGACAGAUUAUGUGAUCAUGUCUUGCGCUUCUACCUUCCCAUGGAGCAUUGUAUAUUUUACAUCCAAACUGAAAGAGGUCCCCUAUCAUUUGAUGCAGGUCCAGAGAAUAUAGUUGUCACCGUUGGCAAACAACUAGAGGAGUGGAGCCAAGGUGUAUACAAAUGUGUUCCUGGGGAAAUGAUCUUCAUGCCGAGUUUCCAUAGUAGCUCGGCCUCUUUCGCCAUAGAGCUUAAGUGCUCAGCAUAUUCAAAUCUAAAUCACAGUUCAAAUAAUUCUGACAAGAUAAUAUCCCUGACUGAUCAAAUCCUUAUUAGUUUGGAUUCAAACCGUAGUUAA